UAUGAAGCGGGGCCGGCGCGGCGCUGCGCGGAGACGGCGAGUGAGGCGGUGGCGGAGAGGGCAUCGCCGGGCCCCGAGCGGCGGCCGCAGCGCAGCCCCCGGGGGGCGAGGAGCGCAGGGAUGCUCGCCCCGAGCGGCGGCCUGAUGAGAUACCUGUUCCCAGCCCUGCUGCUGCACGGGCUGGGAGAAGGUUCUGCUCUUCUUCACCCGGACAGCAGGUCCCAUCCUCGGUCCUUGGAGAAGAGUGCAUGGAGGGCUUUCAAGGAGUCACAGUGUCAUCAUAUGUUGAAACACCUUCACAAUGGAGCCCGGAUCACUGUGCAGAUGCCUCCUAGUAUUGAGGGACACUGGGUCUCUACUGGCUGCGAAGUUAGAGCAGGCCCAGAGUUCAUCACAAGAUCUUACAGGUUCUACCACAAUAAUACAUUUAAAGCUUAUCAGUUUUAUUAUGGUGGCAAUCGCUGCACAAACCCUAUCUACACAUUAGUUAUACGUGGCAAAAUACGUCUCCGCCAAGCAUCCUGGAUCAUCCGAGGGGGCACUGAAGCUGAUUAUCAACUACGCAGCAUACAGAUCAUAUGCCACAACGAAGCAGUAGCCAAAAAGUUAAGUGAGUUGGUGAACGAUACCUGUCCUGGAUUUAUACCAGCAGAUAGUCCCUGGGAGCAAGAUGUGAGCUAUGAUUUGCUGAGAGAAGAGAAUGGCUGUGAAUGCACCAAAGCUCUGAAUUUUGCCAUGCACGAACUCCAGCUGAUCCGUGUGGAGAAGCAGUACUUGCACCACAAUUUAGACCACCUUGUAGAAGAGCUAUUUCUUGGAGACAUUCAUACUGAUGCUACUCAGAGGAGGUACUAUCGGCCCUCUAGUUACCAACCUCCUCUUCAAAAUGCCAAGAACCACGACCGCACAUGCAUUGCGUGCAGAAUCAUCUACCGGUCAGACGAGCACCAUCCUCCCAUCUUACCUCCAAAGGCAGAUUUGACUAUAGGGCUGCACGGAGAGUGGGUGAGCCAGCGCUGUGAGGUGCGACCAGAGGUCCUCUUCCUCACUCGACACUUCAUCUUCCACGACAACAAUAAUACCUGGGAAGGUCACUACUACCACUACUCUGACCCCAUCUGCAAGCACCCCACCUUCACCAUCUAUGCCAAGGGGCGGUACAGCCGCGGAGUGCACUCAUCCAAAGUGAUGGGUGGAACGGAGUUCGUGUUCAAAGUGAAUCACAUGAAGGUCACUCCCAUGGAUAUAUCCACAGCCUCUCUCCUCAACGUCUUCAACGGGAAUGAGUGUGGAGCGCAGGGGUCCUGGCAAGUUGGGGUUCAGCAAGACGUCACCCACACAAAUGGCUGCAUCGCGCUUGGCAUACGCCUACCUCACACCGAGUACGAAAUCUUCAAAAUGGAGCAGGACGCCCGGGGCAGGUACUUGCUGUACAACGGUCAGAGACCAAGCGACGGGUCCAGCCCCGACCGACCAGAGAAGAGAGCCACUUCUUACCAGAUGCCUUUAAUUCAGUGUGCUUCAUCAGUACCCAGAUCUGAAGAGUCACCAGAGGAGAAUAAAAUAAGGCUAUACAACAGCAGGGCACCGGAGAAAUAUCCUAGCAUUCCAGCUCUUACUUUGGUGUUGUUUAUUUGUACUGUGUCAUAUUGGGCCAUUCUCAGCUAGAAGUGAAAAAAACCCUUAUUUUUCAUGACUACAAAGCCAGGAUUCCACCAGACUGGGGGUUGUUUUUCUUCAGAAAGAAAGAGACAUUUAUUUUCUUGAUGCACUUGAAUGCCUGAGAAAUGUUGUUUUUUUUCCUUAAUUCCCCCCUCCUCCUCGAAUCCCGAACGGCACUCGUUUGAUGUUUGUGCUUUGAACUUCAUCCAGUCUGAUCCCUGGCCUGACAUGACUGCACAAAAGUAAUUGCACUUUAGGACUGCAGACUUCUGGGGGGAGGGAGGGGGUCUCUUUUUAUUUUUAUUUUUUUUUUCAACUGCUGGGUAGAACACUAUUAUCCUGCUUCAGUCGUCUCUGCCAUCUUACCAUUGUGGUACUCUUCUCACCAGCGCUUGGUUUCUCAUCAGAAUUUAGGUCUUGGGAAGGGUUCGGUGUCAUGCCAGUACUGGGAUAGUGGAUUACACCUCAGACUUCAGAGCUCUGAUGUAGAUAUGUAAAUAAGGAGGAAAUCCACAAAGAUUUAUCUAGCCUUUAUCUCACAGCUCUUAACACAAAAAGAAACACCAAAUCAGCAGCCCUCUGUUCAGAUAGUGCUAAACAGUUGAUACGUCUAAUUAAAAAAAUACUCUAAGUAAUUUAAGCUAUUUUUACAAUCAUUAAGUUGUAAAAAUAACCAGCGGUUUAAUAUUUUCUUGUUCCGUAGCCUUAGCUAUGUAAUUACUUUGAGGACCCCCUUUGUAUCUAGCAAGUAGUUACAACCAAGCCCCCUUGAAGCCAGACAGAAGCAGCAUUUUUCUGUCAGAUGCAAACAGUACAGGUAAGUCACCAAUAAGUAAGGCUGCAGGGACUUCUGCUGUUUUCAUAUUCCUGAGGCCUUACGUACUCCAUAUGCAGUAUUUGUGCCUUGGAUUUUGUGUCAGCCAGGUGGACAAAGUAAAGAAGCAAGUGGGGUCUAACGCAUUCUGCAACUCUAUUUAGAGUUGCAAAUGGCUAUGCUCAGGCUCCCUUCCUCCUCAAAGUCCAUGCUUCCUUGACAGGUUUUCCAAGCUAGUGUCAGCUUUGGACACAAAUUUCCUCAGAGUGGGAACAAAGCUGGAUCACCUGGGUUUGAGACAGCCAGGUCAGAUUGCAUCUUUCAUGGUUUUUCCUUAGACAGAUGGAAAGUCACAGAAAACUCACUAUGAGUGAGGAACGGAGCUCAGGAUGGUUCAGUAAUCACCAGAGAAAGUGUUCAUCUGUGCACCUGAUAUCAGAUCCUCCUUCAGCCUACUGAAAGGAGCUGAAAGCCAACUCGCCACAAUGAAUAAAGCCCUAUGAACAACAGCUGCUCUGAUCAGCACUUCCUGAUGGUUUUCUGCUGCACAGUCAAACCUACUUGAAGAGUCAGUUCUGGAUCAGUUGCUGGUAGAGAAGUAUCAGGAAGAUAAUUUUAACUAGAGGUCAAAAAACAAGGCACAAUGCUUCUGAAAGACAAUCUAGGAACCAGGACAGAGUUUGGUUUUCUCUAGUUAGGCUUGAGUUUUUUAUUCAGCAGACUAACACCAGCAUUAACUCCAAAUGAGUUACUGAGCUAUUACAAGAUAAUUAAACAAGUCCUUUCAAAUGCUAGCUUUGUUUCUUCUGUUCAAAACACAGGGGCAUGAGUGAAUUCAUGUUAGUCUUUAUUUAUGAGGACGGGUAUGGGAUGAUGGUCCUUAGAUCACAUGAAACAAGCUUCUUCCACCACCAUCAACCAUCUCCAUGUUAGGUCAUCUCAUCUCUGGAAAAAAUACCAAUGGCUGGGAGUUGUCAGAUCCUGUUCCUUCUCUAUGCAAGUGCCACACACAACUCUGUCCCAGCUGAAACCUGCCCAUGCUUGUGGGGUAGGAUUGAAGCCAAGAGUAAAGGAACUGCAGCAUGAUGCUCUGUACUCAUCAGGGCAAUUGUCUACAAUUUCUUAGUGCUUCAUGGCUCCUCUGGAAAUUUCUUAAUGUCAAAAAUAUUACAACAGUUUCAAGAGAAACACCUCUCUGGUUCUUACCUCUAAAAAGCACGUUCAUGUCUCAACUGCAUUUCAAAUCACAAACUUGCAAAGAUCUACGUUUUCUGAGGUUUACGAUUACACUAAAUGCAAACAUGACAAAUGUAAAAAUUGUACAAGAACUCCUUUUACUCUUUCUUUUCUAGGUGACAACCUAGAGAUAGCUUAAAAGGAUGCAUUUGAAAGAGACCUUCAUAGCGCAUUGCCAGAAGUCUGAUUUGGGACUAAUCUAGUUUAUUUGUAGUGUUAACCAAAACCAUAAUGUUAUGAUCCGGGUUCAUAUAUGCUGCAUCAGCUUCCCUCCUUGUGCCUACAUAUUUUAUCUUUUAUUUUUCUAUUUGCCUAUAGAAGCCAAGUCGAACAAAGUUGUAAGUCUUCAGAGUGCAGUUUAUUUGCCAAUCCACGUUCUCUGCAGGGCUUCUCUUAAGCUACAGGCAUAGAACUAGGAGCUAAGCUUCCUUGAUCUUUUAGUUUCACCACGCACUCAAUUAACUGCUGCACAGCACCGUAUACGUUUAUGAUGCAAUAUAUUCCAUUAAUUUUAUUUCUCCAACCUGACCUCAUGUGCUGGCAGCCCUGGCUGCUAAAAAAGUUAAACCACAAGUGGUUUAGCAGCGGACAGCCUACAAAAUGAGUGAUUUGUCCCAUACAGAAAUGCAGUAGUUUUAAAAAGUGAAACAAUUAAUGUCAAUACCUUCAAUAGCUGCCAGUGUUGAAAGGUGAAAGUCUUUCCCUCAGCACCACUGUAAUAUCCUACUUAAGGAGCCACCUGACAGAAGAAAUGGUAACCUGAAGAAGUUCUUGGGCAAAUUGUUUUAACAGGUUCCGUUUAAGAAAAAGGACAAAAGGGAUCAGAAAAAUCAAACAGGUGUUCUUGCUCUGUUUCUAUACCGUUUACAUAUUGAGCCUGCUGCCCUGGGGUAGAAAGUAAUUUUUAUGAACAGAAGUCUGUAUUUUAAGAUAUAAUGUCUAUCUUGCAUAAGUUGGAGUGUGCUUGCUUAAAGUCCAGGAUUUUUUUAAAAAAAAAAAUCAUUUUAUUUUUGUAAAGUUAUAGAAGGUAUUUUUCUUUUCAACUAUGUUCCAGAUUAAACUGCCGGGGAAGUUUAAGCACUUGUUAAACUAUUGAUUUAAAUAAAAAAAGCCUAACUGAAAAAUUAAGGAUUUCUUUGCCUCCUA